AUGCGCUUCGGUCGCUGCCCUUCCGGGACGAUGAUGGGCAGCGUCCCCCGCCUGUGGCGCUCCAUCUCCCAAAGAAUGGGCUUGAGCACCCUGGUUCUGGCCGAGCAAAAGGGGGGGAGGCUGGACCCCAGCACCGCACAGGCCGUCUCCGCUGCCCGCGCCCUGGGCGGGCCCGUCACCCUCCUCUUCUCCGGCAGGGGCCUGGGGGGGGCACCCAGCGCCGGCGCGGCUCUGGAGGGCGUGACCGCCGUGCUGACAGCAGAUGACGAGGCCCUGGAUCACCAGCUGGCCGAGCCUGCGGGAGCCCUGAUCGUCGCGGUGCAGCAGAGGAGGUCCUUCACGCACAUUCUGGCGCCCAGCAGCACGCAUGGCAGGAACCUGCUGCCACGCGCUGCUGCCAAGCUGGACGUGCAAGCGGUGGCCGACGUGGUGGAGGUCCAGGGGCCAUGCACCUUUGUGCGCCCCAUCUACGCCGGCAACGCCCUCGCCACGGUGGAGACGCCCGCGGAGGGGCUGCAGAUGCUCACGGACGCGUCCAGCACCUCCGCGUGGGUGUCCGAGGAGGUGGGCACCUCGGAGCGCCCCGACCUGGGACAGGCCCGGGUGGUGGUCUCCGGCGGGCGCGCGCUGCGCUCCGCGGAGAACUUUGCGUUGCUGGAGGCCCUGGCCGACGCGCUGGGGGGGGCGGUGGGCGCCUCGCGUGCCGCGGUGGACGCCGGCUACGUGCCCAACGACCUCCAGGUCGGCCAGACGGGCAAGGUGGUGGCCCCGGACCUGUACCUGGCCUUUGGCAUCUCCGGCGCCAUCCAGCACGUGGCCGGGAUCAAGGACGCCAAGACCAUCGUGGCGGUGAACACCGACGCGGACGCGCCCAUCUUCGAGGUGGCAGACUACGGCCUGGUGGGGGACCUGUUUGAGGUCAUCCCGCAGCUGCAGGCCGAGCUGGCGGCCGCCAAGGCGCAGUGA